AAGAAACCCAAUGCCAGUGAGCCUGUCGGCAGCUCUCCGCCGCUUUGGGCGGGGCUCUCGCCUCAUUGGCUCAGGCUUCCGGAAUGGGUGGGGCUUGGCGCUCUGGCGAGCGGAAGUCCUGCAGUUCGUUGUCGAUACUGCGCAAAACAUGCCGAGAGUUGGCUCCAGUGCUAAAGCCGGGGCCGAAGGACCCCGCAGAUCCAUGACGGGCGGGGCCAUAGCUGGCGACCGGCCGAAGGCAGACCCAUCUGACAUGUCGUUUGAGGAGCUCUUGGAAUUGCAGCGCCAAGGGGGACCCAAGGUAUGCAGACAAGUGGUAGCUGGAAGCUGCACCAAGAAGCAAAGCCCCAGACAACCUGUGUGUGUUGCAGAUAAGCACCGGCCUCUGGAAAUGUCAGCCAAAGUCCGGGUGCCGUUCUUACGUCAGGUGGUUCCCAUCAGUAAAAAGGUAGCCCGAGACCCCCGCUUUGACGAUCUGUCAGGGGAGUACAAUCCUGAAGUGUUUGACAAAACUUACCAGUUCCUAAAUGAUAUCCGAGCCAAGGAGAAGGAGCUUGUGAAAAAGCAGUUGAAGAAGCACCGCUCGGGGGAGGAGCAUGAGAAACUGCAGCAGCUGCUUCAGCGCAUGGAACAGCAAGAAAUGGCGCAGCAGGAGCGAAAGCAGCAGCAGGAGCUGCGCUUGGCCUUGAAGCAGGAGCGGCGAGCUCUGGCACAGCAGGGCCACCGGCCAUACUUCCUGAAGAGAUCUGAGCAGCACCAGCUGGCCCUAGCUGAGAAGUUCAAGGAGCUGAAACGCAGCAAGAAGCUGGAGAGUUUCUUGAGUCGAAAGAGGCGCCGAAAUGCAGGCAAGGACAGGAGGCAGCUCCCUCUGAGCAAGGAGUAGUAAGGAGCUGUCCCAGGAGACCUGCGACUGUGGGACAGAUCUGGGGUUGGCCAGUUCCGGUUCUUUCCUGCUCAGAGGGAAGCAUCACAGCUACCCCUGGGGUAGGCUGCUCAGAAGACACGUGUGCCUCUUGGACUGUGCCAGGGCUGCACAGCAACAGCAGCUCAGCCCCACUGAGUCACAUGGCCCUUCUUGGAUCUGGUCCUUGAACAGCUGGUGCACCAUCUUCUCCUUCCAUCCUCACCCUGAGCCAGCCAUUCAGACGACAAGGGGACAUGAGUAUCUUCGUGGUUCCAGGGCAGGGACUUUACCUAAGAGCCACUUGGUAAACACGUACUCAGGACAUUUUGUAGAAAAGUCUCUAUGGUUGUAUGUGUAUCUUGGUUGAGUUUUUUACUGCUUUAUAAAACACCACAACCAAAAGCAAA